AUGGCUGUGACCCGACAACCAGGCUCAUAUCAAGAGUCUGAUUUCCAGACCGGUUUGUGUGAUGUCUGCGAUGACUGUGGCACCUGCUUCUACGGUCUCUUCUGCCACCUCUGCCUGGGCUGCUCCAUUGCCAGUGACAUGAAUGAGUGCUGCAUGUGUGGUCAUGGCAUGCCCAUCCGCAGCGUCUACAGGACCAGAUACAACAUCAGUGGGUCUCUCUGUAAAGACUUUUUAACAACCUUUUUUUGUGGAGCCUGUGCUACCUGCCAGCUGAAGAGAGAUAUUGACCGCAGGAAGGAACAAGGCAUUUUCUAA